GCUGCAGUCUGAAGACGUAGUUCCGUUUCCGGUGUAAACAAACAACAAAUAUGGCGACGUUUGGACGGCAUGGCAAACUUCUACCAGAUAUGAGCGUUUGUUGACAGUGAACACAUUAUUCAGCAUAAUGACUGACACCAGAACCGAGGCGACUUUAGUUCGCUACUACUGCACCGCCGGCAACGGAAUGGAGCGUUUCUUACUCGACGAGGUGAAGGUGAAGCUGGCAGCGGAAGACGUGUGUCAGAUGCCAGGUAAAGUGUUGUUCAGCUCCUCCGUGGGGAUCAACACAGUCAGUGAGCUCAGGUCGGCAGAGAGACUCUUCCUCCUCUUGAAACAAGACUUGCCAGUGCAGCUAUCUGCUAACACCAACCCAGCAAAAGCAGCCUCUGUGCUGCAGUCCAGAGUGUUGGGUGAGAAGAAUCGUUGGACCAGUGCUGUAAUGACAUGGAACCACCUGCAGGGGCAGCUGGAAGGCAGAAGGACUACGGUCAACCCACCAAACACUGCCCUGGGAGUGACAAUGAGGAGGGAUGAGGGGAGCAGGAUCGGAGAACAGAGGGGAAAGGAAGAGGAGAAGCGCAAUGAGGAAAAGAAAAGUCAGAGAGGGCAAACGUUGAGGGGCGAAACCUGUGGAGCUGAAGCCCAGAUACUGGAGAAAAAGAGAAAGAGGGAUUCAGAAGGUAAAGAGUCUAAUGACGGCAAAAAUGCAGAGAAACAGAGGUCACCUGAGAAGGAAAGAAAGAGGCAGUACAAAGAGGAUGAUGAAGAGGGGAAGAGGAAGGUUAUGGAGUUUAAUGGCUGUGGACAAAGUGGAAAAAGAGCAAUGAUACCAGACACAGAUCUCUGUAGCAGAGGAUCAGUUUGUGUCAUCGCAGAAGAAGACAACAAUCUGAAAAGAAGCGGCAUGAAGACGGAUGACAUGGCAAAGGACUUUUCUGAGAAAAAUGUGGGUGAAGGGAAGACUACCGGUGGAGGAGAUAAGACACUACUGCAACCCAGCAGCAUCACACCAGAGCCUUUUUCUCCUGACCCGGUCUCUUUUAGGAUUAGCUGCAAAUGUACUGGAUCUCUGUCACGAUACUUUAACACACAGGAGGUGAGCCGAGUGAUUGGAGUGGGCCUGAGCAAACUGCUAGGCUGGAAGAUUGACCUUAAGAAUCCACAGCUGGAGGUAAAUGUUAAUUUGAGUGAUGACCACUGUCUGCUGGGGAUCCCACUAACCAGGCUACCUCUGGCUCACCGGAGCUACAUGAAAACCACAGGACUGAGAUCUACCGUAGCCUGGGCUAUGGCCUCAUUGGCUCAGAUACAGGCAGGCUUCUGUGUUGUCGACCCAAUGUGUGGGGUGGGAACCAUCUUAAUAGAAGCAGCACAGGAACAUAAGGCUUCCCAUUUUCUGGGCGUGGACAUUGAUGAUGGACAGCUGCAGAAGGCCAAUGAGAACGUAGAGUUUGCAGUGCUGGGAAACAGGAUACACCUGCUGAAAGCUUCAUCUAUGAUGCUGCCUCUGCCCAGCGCAAGUGUAGAUGUUGUAGUCUGUGACCUGCCAUUUGGCAGGAAGUUUGGCACCAAAACAACAACGGCUGCCAACCUGCCACUCAUCCUCACUGAGAUGGAGAGAAUCCUCUGUAUAGGUGGUACCCUGGUUCUCCUUCUCAGUCCUCAGUUAUCUUGUCUCCUGAAAAAACUCCUGGAACAGAAAGACUCUGGACCAACGUCUGACCAGGAAACAAAGCCACAAACUGGGAUACGAGACUGCCCAUCUCUUUCUCCAUCUUGCUCAAAGCAGCAGGCAUUCCAGAUUCUCCAGAGGGUCAAAUCGCCACCUACCCAGAAAACAGACCCUCAGUCUGUGCUACAGCACUGUCUGCCUCCCUCCCUCUCCACCCUGAAGCACCAGGCAACUCUUAGAGUCAGCUUAGGUGCAAUAGAUGGACUUAUCCAUAAAUAUGUCAAGACUGAAGCUUGAUUUUGUUGUUGGAAGUUACAUUUCUAAGUAAUUUACCUUCUUUUUAUUAUUUGUCAU